AUGUCAAGAUCAGAUCACGAACGGACGUUGGAUAUAGUCACACACACCCCAGAGGAUUGGAUUCAAUCAGAACUAGUGAAAGCUAACUCUUCAGGCACAAAAUUUCCUGUUACCCGUUUUGGUGAUAGGCCUCUUUGCAGUUCUAUUGGGAGUAGCAGGAGAUUGACAUCUUCGGUUGCCACAAUAGUUCCACAAGCCUCACUCACAGCUCUCGAGGAUGGAAGUAGCAGCGAGACUGACACAUUUCCAACUCCUAAAGUCAUAAUAGAUCUAGAUUCUGAUCCGGAUGCAACAGUAGUUGAGAUAACUUUUGGUGACCGUCUUGGGGCUCUUCUUGAUACUGCAAAUGUCUAUCUGGAUUCCUCUGGAAAGCAGAACAAAUUUGCCAUCACUAAAGUCUUGCUUUAUGUAGAGACAGUGGAUCACCCUGGAUUAUUGGUUGAUCUUGUGAAGAUUAUCACUGACAUCAAUGUUGCUGUUGAAUCGGGAGAGUUUGAUACUGAGGGGCUAUUGGCUAAGGCAAAGUUUCAUGUCAACUACAAGGACCGAGCCCUCAUUAAGCCUCUCCAACAGGUUCUUGCAAAUUGUUUGCGAUAUUUUUUGAGGAGACCAACAACUGAGGAGGCAAGUUUUUGAGCUGUUUAUGAUCAAAUUCACCAUUCUAGACUCAAUUGAUUAUUUACUCCCAAUAAAUAUGCACAGAGAAGAAUAAAAUGUUGUCACCGUAACCCUUGUAUAACCGAUACUUAUGCACAAUAAAUUAUCGAUUUCAUAUUAUCGACGGUAGAAGAAUGGUGGUGACGGAAACUGAUGUUUAUAUUGAAAAUUCUGCAAUGGAAUGAUUUCAUGUCUCCCUUCAA